UUUUCCUUUUUUUUCCCCUUCUAAUUUCGUCUCUGUCUCUCUCCUUCCCUCUUCGCUGUAUUUCAUACGCACUCUCUUUCUGUGGAGGAAACUGAACCUCUAAAAAGCCGAACCCCAGCGAAGAAGACGAAGCCGAGAAAAUGGCUCUCAAGCUUAACCCUUUCGUCUCUCAUCCCUACAAAUUCCCUCCUUCUGCUCUUCCGCCAGUGGCGAGCUUCAGAUCUCCCAGGUUCCUCUGCCUUGCUUCCUCUUCUCCGGCUCUCAGCUCCGGCGCCAAGGAAGUUGAGAAUGCCAAGAAGCCUUUUACGCCGCCUAGGGAAGUGCACGUUCAAGUCACCCACUCAAUGCCGCCCCAAAAGAUCGAGAUCUUUAAAUCUCUGGAGGAUUGGGCUGAGGAGAACAUUCUGGUUCACCUUAAGCAGGUCGAGAAGUGUUGGCAACCCCAGGAUUUUCUGCCCGACCCUGCAUCCGACGGGUUUGAAGAACAGGUAAGAGAGCUAAGAGAGAGAGCAAAAGAAAUCCCGGACGACUACUUUGUUGUCUUGGUCGGAGACAUGAUCACGGAAGAAGCACUACCGACCUAUCAGACGAUGCUGAACACUUUGGACGGAGUGAGGGAUGAAACAGGGGCUAGCCCUACUUCCUGGGCCAUCUGGACAAGGGCAUGGACUGCUGAAGAGAACAGACAUGGGGAUCUUCUGAAUAAGUACCUCUACUUAUCCGGGCGAGUUGACAUGAGGCAGAUUGAGAAGACAAUUCAGUACCUGAUUGGCUCUGGAAUGGAUCCUCGGACAGAAAACAACCCUUAUCUUGGCUUCAUCUACACUUCAUUCCAAGAAAGAGCAACCUUCAUCUCCCAUGGAAACACCGCCCGCCAGGCCAAAGACCAUGGGGACAUCAAAUUGGCACAAAUAUGUGGCACAAUCGCAGCAGACGAGAAGCGUCAUGAAACUGCUUACACCAAGAUCGUUGAGAAACUCUUCGAGAUCGAUCCUGAUGGUACCGUCACGGCAUUUGCAGACAUGAUGAAGAAGAAAAUCUCGAUGCCAGCCCACCUGAUGUACGAUGGGCGUGAUGACAACCUCUUUGAUCAUUUCUCUGCCGUGGCUCAGAGGCUUGAGGUCUACACUGCCAAAGACUAUGCCGACAUACUGGAGUUUUUGGUAGGCAGGUGGAAGGUCGAGAAUCUAACCGGGCUUUCAGCUGAAGGGCGCAAGGCUCAGGAUUAUGUUUGCGGGUUGCCACCAAGAAUCAGGAAGUUGGAAGAGAGAGCUCAAGCGCGAGCCAAGAAAGGACCAAAGAUCCCAUUCAGCUGGAUAUAUGACAGGGAAGUGCAGCUCUAAGACCGAACACAAGUAAAACCCCGCAAUUCUCCUGCUUCCCUCGAGGAUGUCGAGGUUCAAACAGGUUUUCUAGAUCAGUUUUCGUCUGUGUCUGCUCACAGAAUGGAUGCAGAUACAGUUUGUUUCUAUUGUUUCUGUGGGUCUCAGUUAUGCAGUGGGAGAGGCAGCUGUAGUAUCGUUUAUCUGUGUUAUUCAGUGUCUAUUGUCCUUGUUAGUGUGAUAUAACCAGUUUUACUUGAGUUUUGUUUCAGUAGUUUUGUCUCAAGCAGCUACUGUCUUUUUUUUUUCAGUGUAGUCAAACCAUGGCAUUGGCAAUUUUGAUUGAUAGUCUAUUGAUCUCAUGGUUAAUAGAUA